CCAUUCGUUUGGGUGAUGCACAAGGGAAAGCUUGCACCAAGCUCAAUCCCCGCGCAUUAUUCCUCAUGGGCUUCAAAAAGCCAGCGAAGCGUCCUUCGUUUGCAAGUAUGAGCUGCGGAACAACAGACUCACGACUCACUAUCAAGUCUACCUGAUUCCUGAUGAUCGUUCGUUCCGAUGCUCAAGCUGUUUGACGCUCAAGAUCACGCGACAGUGGAGCUCUUGGAAGGUGGUCUACAAUGUUCCUGGUGAACUGGUUUUUCGACGUGUUGGGCUACCUCGGCCUCAGCAACAAGAAUGCGAAGAUCUUGUUUUUGGGACUGGACAAUGCUGGCAAGACAACCCUUCUCCACAUGCUGAAGGAUGACCGCAUUGCAACUCAUGUCCCAACGCUUCACCCUCACUCCGAGGAGCUGAUGAUCAAGAACAUUCGCUUCCGCACCUAUGACCUGGGAGGCCACGAGACUGCCCGGCGCAUUUGGAAGGACUACUUUGCCACGGUGGAUGGCAUCAUUUUUCUGGUGGAUGCUGCAGACCGCACCCGCUUCCAGGAAGCCAACGAGGAGUUGAACGGCCUUCUUAACGAGCAGGCACUGGCCAAUGUCCCCUUUGUGGUGCUUGGCAACAAGAUCGACAUCCCCACGGCGGCCUCUGAGGACGAGCUGCGAAAUGCCCUGGGGCUCUUCAGCCACAUGACCUAUGGCCGUGACGCGAAGAAAGGUGACAGCAGCGUACGACCGGUGGAACUCUUCAUGGUGAGUGUGGUGAAGCGCAUGGGCUAUGCUGAAGCCUUCCAGUGGCUCUCCAACUUCUUGAAGUGAAAUCGAUAGUCAUUACCUCACUGCGCCUGCGACGCAGCGCCAGCUGCAAUUGCGCCACACCUCAGUUCAAGGCUUUUUGCUGCAACGAAUGCCGGCGGAUUGGCAUUUCGCUCAAGUAGAGCUGACUGCCUCGCAGGGGUAAACCGAACGUCUCACUUUUGCGACCCAGUUGCCCAGUUUCGGUGCGCCUUCUUUGCAGAUGCACUGGCGUCUUCUUUCGCGACCACCAACCACAAGAGUGUGUGUCCCCCCAUCUCAAGACUUUCUUGCUCGAAGCAACAAGUUGUGAGCACUGCCUCUCAAAAUCAGGUAUUCAUUUGGAAGACCUCCUG